GCCCACAGAGUGGACAGGAGAGAGUCAUUCGGGGGACAAAAGAGAAUUAAGAGGAGAGAGAGAGCGGGCAGGGUGCAGAGCAGAGUAGAGAGACCGAGAAGCAUCUGGAACCCACUCCCUACGGACGAGACAAGUUGUGAGAGGAAGGGACAGGAGCUAUAGCAGAGCUAUUUCCAGAGCGAGCAGCCGAAGGGAACAGAGCGUCUACAGACCGCUUAAGGGGCGUGAGGAAGGGUCCCGAGGCAGCGAGAGAAGGCCAGGACCAGGGCCGCGGCCAGGGCAGGCACGAUCGCUGAAGGGAUGAACUUCACGGUGGGUUUCAAGCCGCUGCUAGGGGAUGCGCACAGCAUGGACAACCUGGAGAAGCAGCUCAUUUGCCCCAUCUGCCUGGAGAUGUUCUCCAAGCCGGUGGUGAUCCUGCCCUGCCAACACAACCUGUGCCGCAAGUGCGCCAACGACGUCUUCCAGGCCUCCAACCCUCUGUGGCAAUCCCGGGGCUCCAGCACCGUGUCUUCAGGAGGCCGCUUCCGCUGCCCAUCUUGCAGGCACGAGGUUGUCCUGGACCGACACGGGGUCUAUGGCCUGCAGAGGAACCUGCUGGUGGAGAACAUCAUCGACAUCUACAAGCAGGAGUCCUCGCGGCCACUGCACUCCAAGGCCGAGCAGCACCUCAUGUGCGAAGAGCAUGAGGACGAGAAGAUCAACAUCUACUGCCUGAGCUGCGAGGUGCCCACCUGCUCCCUCUGCAAGGUCUUCGGGGCCCACAAGGACUGCGAGGUGGCCCCGCUGCCCACCAUUUACAAACGCCAAAAGAGUGAACUCAGUGACGGCAUCGCGAUGCUGGUGGCAGGCAACGACCGUGUGCAAGCGGUGAUCACACAGAUGGAGGAAGUGUGCCGGACCAUCGAGGACAACAGCCGGCGGCAGAAGCAGUUGUUAAACCAGAGGUUCGAGAGCCUUUGCGCCGUGCUGGAGGAGCGCAAGGGCGAGCUGCUGCAGGCGCUGGCCCGCGAGCAGGAGGAGAAGCUGCAGCGGGUCCGCGGCCUCAUCCGGCAGUACGGAGACCACCUGGAGGCCUCCUCCAAGCUGGUGGAGUCGGCCAUCCAGUCCAUGGAGGAGCCGCAGAUGGCGCUCUACCUCCAGCAGGCCAAGGAGCUGAUCAAUAAGGUCGGGGCGAUGUCCAAGGUGGAGCUGGCGGGCCGGCCGGAGCAAGGCUACGAGAGCAUGGAUCAGUUCAGCGUGAGCGUGGAGCACGUGGCCGAAAUGCUCAGGACCAUCGACUUCCAGCCAGGCGCUUCCGGGGACGAAGACGAUGAAGAGGUGGCGUUGGACGGGGAUGAGGGCGGCGCAGGGCCGGAGGACGGGCGGCCGCACGCGCCGGAAGGCCCGCACUGACCCGACCCGAGCUGGAGAGCCCGCGCCGGGGUGGUGGAGGAUCUGCGCAGCGACCCCCGCGCCCCAACUCGGCGCUGCGCCCGGCCGCCCCCAGGAGUAGGGGCUCAAUAAAGGACUCUGGCGUCCCGGA